UAAGACCAGGCCAAAUCGUUGGAACGCUCAUUCCACUGAGCCAGGAAAAGUAUGGGAACAGCAGGACGAAUGCAGGGAGUGAAGGAAACAAAGUUUAAGAAGUUCGUACCUCACUCCAGAAAAGGCCUACAGUUUAUUAAACCUUACGUUGCCUUGGAUUUCAGACUCAUUUUGGAUUCUAGGUAGAGGUUGUUCACACACACAGGGCCAGCUCUAGGCCAUGGUUUUUGCCUCUCCUGGUCAUGGCUUUACAUUAUCCCUGCUUGCUCAAAUGAGUCACAUAUGAUGAUCCUGGACUCUUCCUCUGAAAAGCAGAUAUGGAAACACUGAGGGGUUUCCAGUGGCGGGCAUGACAGACAAAAUCUUCGGUCAAUAGUGGAUGGAACUUCUCUUGGAGUCCAGUAAAUCUCUUUCCUUCCAGAGAGCAGCAUGAACAUGUAACACCAGGAAGGUACGUAUUUGCUCAGGAGAAUUGCUUCUUUGACAAUUCUAUGUUCUACUUAUGAAAGACUUCUAUACUAUUGACUUAACAGCCAAAGAGAUCCAGUUUUUAGGAAGGAGUGUACAUGGUGGAGUGAGAUCAAGGAGUCACUGUCAUCCCUGGAGAGACUGGGGUCAUGUUGAGCAUAGAGUGCGGUCAUUCAGAUAGGUAUGCUGUGCACCGUCUGUGACCAUCCAAUGGCUAAAUGAGGAUUGUUAUUGACCCUGCCUUUUGACCCUGUAAAUGAAGGAACCUGUCCUGUCCGUGUUAGGAAGCCCCAAUGCUGGGGCUUUCUUAAGCCUAUCAUAAGAUGGUUUCUUGGUCCCUUGAUUACAAGGGGUAUGGAUUUGGGACUUUUUUCGCUUCUCAGAGAUUUGGCCUGGCUGUUUCGCUCAGUGCUGCAGAUCAUAUUCUGCAGUACCUGUUAGCUCCAGAAAAGCCCUAACAUGUCUCAUAUUUCAGAGAGGAGGUAAAUCCAGAUAUCCUGGGGCCAAAUGAAGAUUCAGUAAUUGACUUAUGCGUCUUACAGGUUGAGUCUUUCCCUAGAAACUUUGCAUCCUUUUUGAACUACAAAGUUUAAAGUGUUUACAGCUUGUUGUUUGCCUGGUGUCGUCUGAAGCAGUAGAAAGGAGGUCAUCCUCAUACAGGAUUAUGGUUACAGAAUUGAGUGGAAUGUCCCAAGGUGCCACCCAAUCCGGGGUCUGACCAAAAUAGCGAGAACUAAGAAUUCUUGAAGGAAAACAGCAACAUGUAUGUCGCUAAGCUCAUGUAUCUAUCUGGGAUAGUCCACUGAAAGGUGAACAAGACCAGUGAAACCGUACUUUCAGAAAAGACAGGCCUGCUGGCAAACCAGAAACCGAAUUUAUGCUGUCUGGGGCCCUCCUCCCAGCUGCACUUCUCAAGUCCGCCUUUGAAGGACAGCUGGUCUCCUGGUUUGGCAGCACAGGAACCGGCAGCCAGGUCCCACAGCUUCAGCACCACGGAUCUGGAGUGCAAGCUUGGGAAGUUUUGUUUCGUUUCCGAAGCGUCAUCUUGAGUGCGCCGGCUGUCGAGACUUCUGGGAAAUGGAGUCCCUGAGAAGGCGGCGCAUUGAUUCGGGGCCCAUAGGCUGAAGACCUUCACGCAGGCGCACUGCCUUCCCGAGCCCAGGUGGUGGGGCUUUCGCGGGUUCCCAGCACGCUUGCGGAAGAAUCCUGUUCUUCCCUCCCAGGACACCAUAGGAGGGAAUGGCUGCUGUGUCUCCACCUACUAGAUGCCAGCCAUCGGUGACAUUUGAGGAUGUGGCCGUGACUUUCACAGAUGAAGAGUGGAGGCAUCUGCUCCCUGUGCAGAGGGCGCUCUACCAGGCUGUGAUGCUGGAAAACUAUGAGAACAUCAUCUCACUGGGGCUUCCUGUUCCUCGACCUGACGUGACUCUUCAGUUUCUUCAGUUGACGACAAGGGACGAGCCAUGGACACAGGGUCUUCAUGGAUGUGAGGAGAAAGAAUGGACAGACAGUGUCUCUCUAGACUGGGAGCCUAAGCCUGAGAUCCUAGAUGCUUCAGCAGGAACCCCGAGAGACAGCCAUAGAAGACAAAGUCCUUUGUGCCCUAAACCAGAAGUUCAGACACUAGCACGUUGGCUGGAACCAGCAAAGGAAAGUCCUGCAACUGAGACUUGCAAGAAACGCUUGCAGCGAAGGCCAGCCCCAUCCAAGAAAGCCCUCGCUAAACACCAAGACCAGGAAUGUAGUGACUGCGGGAAGACCUUCUUUGACCAUUCGUCACUCAUGCGUCACCAGAGAACUCACACUGGAGAGAAGCCUUAUGGCUGUCCUGAGUGUGGGAAGGCCUUCAGUCACAGGACCAGUCUCAGCAGACAUCUGAUGUCACACACAGGGGAGAGCCCCUAUGAGUGCAGUGCCUGCGGCAAAGCCUUCUUUGACCGGUCGUCCCUCACUGUGCAUCAGCGGGUACACACGGGAGAGAAGCCUUUCAAAUGCAGUGAGUGUGGCAAAGCCUUCUUUGACCGGUCAUCCCUUACCCGCCACCAAAGAAUCCAUACCAGGGAGAGUCCCUACGAAUGUCAGCAGUGUGGCAAAGCAUUUAGCCAAAAGAACAUUCUCUCUAGUCACCAGCUGAUCCACACUGGCAGGAAACCAUAUGAAUGCAGUGAGUGCGGAAGAGCGUUCUAUUGGAUCUCCUCCCUUAACAGACACCAGAAGGCACAUGUCAGGGAGCCACACCAUCAGUGCGAUGAGUGUGGCAAAGCUUUCUUUGAACGCUCUUCUCUCACAAAGCACCAGAGGACACACACUAGAGAGAAGCCAUAUGAGUGCAGCGAGUGUGGGAAAGCCUUCGGGCAGAAGUGCCGACUCAAGCUACAUCAGAGAGUUCACACAGGGGAGAAGAAACCCUUUGAGUGUAGUGUGUGUGGAAAAGAGUUCAGCUUCAAGUCCUCAGUUAUUCUGCAUCAGAGACGUUACGCCAAACAAGGGACAGACUGACCAAGGAGAAGUGUGAGCUAUACCAAGGGCCUUCCAUAAACGUGAUAGGUCUCCAUGUCAUCUACAGACCCAGCAUUUGCUCCUGCUGCCUACUGUAGCUGCUGUCCUGUCCUAUCUCUGCUCCAGAGCAUCUAAGUAAUCAAUGAUCCUGCUGUGCUACAGAACUAGUGUGCAGUGCAGAAGCUAAAACCUGAAUCCAGAUUGAAAAUCAUGGGCAGAGCUGGCUGUAGCUCAGAGCUAGAAUAGCGCCUAGUAUACACGAGGCCCUGCUCCUCGACCCCAGCAGUGCACAAGGUACUUGGAGAGACUGGCAGCAACAAGGUAUGUGUUAGGAGGGGAGCCCACAGACAUAACUCUAUGAGAACAUAGGCCCGUUGUCACUGCACAGAACUAGAUGCAGACUAUUACAGGAGGGGAAUGUCACAAUUAUGAGAAACACCAUUUUCUCCAGAAGUUUCUAUAAUUCUAGUCCCUGUGAAGCUUUUUGGCAUACAGACAUAGUUGUCUUGUGCCCUAGCAUUUAGCCCUCCUGGCAGUAGUAGUAGUAGUGCUAACACUUAUUAAGAGCUUAUCCUGGGGUAAACACUCAGCAGAGAAUUUCAGCAGGGAGAGAUUGACUGAUCCUCUAAUGAGUCUUCUUGCUGUCUUUCACAGAUGAGCACCAUGAGGUUUCAAGAGAUUAAGGAAUACAUUCUGGGUGACACAAGGUGAAGCCAGGUGUCUUAGUUACUGUUCUGUUACUGUGUAGAGUCAUUGUGACCAGAGCAACCUAUAAAAGAAUGGAUUAAUUAAUUAGGGGCUUGCUUACAGUUCCAGAGAGUGAGUCUGUGGCAGGAGCGUGACAACACAUAGGUAAGCGUGGAGCUGGAGCAGUAGCUGAGAGCUUACAUCUGAUCCACAAGUUCUCAGCCUAGAGAUUGGGAGAGACAGACAGACACACUGGUCUUGGCAUGGGCUUUGGAAAUUUCAAAGCCCAUCCUCAGUGACACAUCUCCUUGAACAAAGCCACGCUCUGGGCUGCAGAGAUGGCUUACUGGUUAAGAGCAUUGGCUGUUCUUCCAGAGGUCAUGAGUUUGAUUCUUAGCAACCACAGAGUAGCUCACAGCCAUAUGUAAUGAGGUCUGGUGCCGUCUUCUGGUGUGCAGGCAUACAUGCAGGCAGAACACAGUAUACAUAAUAAAUCUUUUUAAAAGAUUUAUAAAAACAAAGCCACACUCCCUAAUCCUUUCUAAACACUCCAUAAAGGGGAAACCAAACAUUGAAAUACAUGUAUGAGCCUGUGGGCAUGAUUCUCAUUCAAAUCACAUUCCACGCAAGGAUAUGAUCAGCUGACCCUCAUGCUGUGAAACAGGUUUUUUUCCUUUCUGAAUUUCACAUCUGAGCAUGCUGAUUUCAGAAAGAUUAGUAACACCCUAGACAGCACAAGGUGAAACCAGGGCUUUAGUACGGGGCUGCCUUCAGUCUCUCUACUACAAUGUGUUCUUAAAUCUUGUCUCAUCAUUUAUAUACCUGAAUUAUCUUCUUAGCUGGCUUGUAAGCACUUGGAGGUGUGAUUUCAAAGGUCUCUGAAUCUUACUCAGUGCCUUGCAAACACAGAUGCUCAAUAAAUGUUUAUCUAAAUGAA